AUGUCAAAACUACGUAAAAUCUGCGUUCACUCAGGCAAUUUCCAUGCUGACGAGGCCUUGUCUUAUUAUAUGUUAAAACUUUUACCAAGAUUUAAAAAUGCACAAUUAUUUAGAUCAAGAGAUCCAAAAAAAUGGGAAGAAGCCGACAUUGUCGUUGAUGUUGGUGGUAAAUAUGAUGGCGUUAAAUUCUUUGACCACCAUCAAAGAGAUUUCUACAAAACUUUUAAUAAUAAACACUAUACCAAACUAUCAUCAGCAGGUUUAAUUUUCAAGCAUUUUGGAAAAGAUGUAAUUAGAGCCGUGCUAAAUGAUUAUGAUGAUGAGAAAAAAAUUGACAAUUUGUAUUUGAAAAUGUACAAAGAGUUUAUUGAAGCAAUUGACGCCAAUGAUAAUGGUAUUCAUGAGUAUGACUUUGAUGAACGUUAUCCACCAGCUGCCAAAUAUCAUACAAAGUGUGUCACAUUAUUUUCAGUGGUUGCUAACUUAAAUCCCAACUGGGAAUCAAAUUCUACUGAAGAUGAUUUCUUCAAAUCUUUUUUGGUAGCUAGUGAUGUGAUGGGCCAGCAAUUUAUCAACUUAUUGCACAACUACAGUUCUUGGUUCAGUGCUUUGAAAUUGGUUCAAGAAGCUUUUGAUAAAAGAUUCGAGACCCAUUCAUCUGGUAGAAUUUUAAUAUUGGAUAGGUUUUGCCCAUGGAAAGAACAUCUCCAAGAAGUGGAAAGACAAAACAAGGCUAACAACAAAUCUGAUUCAAUUUAUUAUGUUUUGUUUCCCGAUGUAACAAAUAGUUGGAGAAUUGCUGCAGUUCCAGUCAAUCCAACCUCAUUCACAAGUAGAAAGGCCUUGCCCGAACCUUGGAGAGGACUUAGAGAUGAAGAACUUUCAAAGGCUACUGGUGUUGAAGGUUGUGUUUUUAUUCAUGCCUCAGGUUUUAUUGGGGGUUGUAAGACAAGAGAGGGUACUUUGGAACUAGCGUCAGAGAGUGUUGAAUGGAAAUAA